UCCCGAGCAAACUGAGCCACGAGCCUCCACCCCGUCUGUCCGCCCACCCGCUUCACGCUUUUCCCCGUCCGUGCCGAGCUCAUGGAGGGAAUUCUGCAAACCCCUGAACGCGUCGGGAACAGCCGCUGGAGCUUGGUCAAGCCAGCAAAAAGUUUCUUCUCCCUUGAGAAAACGCGGCACAUAAAGUUCAGCCCCACGAGAAGAAGCUGCGAUUCGUAUACCCUCGCCUUCCCUCUCCCCGCGCCGAAGCACAGAGCCCCGCGGCAGAACCGUGUGGUUUGGGUUUCUUUCCCCCUCCCCUCGCCCCCCUUCCACCUGAAGGAAUUUAUGACACAGAUGAAAACUGAAACGGAGCUGGAGCAGCGGCCGAGAGACGCAGUGAUGUCGCCGGGGGAUUAAACGGGGUGGAGGUGAUGUCACCGUGCCUGCACAGCAAAACGCACACAUACACGCACACCCCCCACCCCCCGGAGGAGUGGGGCUGCCAACGGAGAGCGAUCGGCCCCACGUCACUCGUGCCACUGGCAUAAAUGCGGUCCCGCGAUGUCCAUGGCUGUCGGCGUGGCGGCUCCCGCGACUUGACUUUAGCAGGGCUCCGGGAGGCAGCGCAGCUCCGCGCCCUUCGGCUGCCGGGACCCGCGGUGCGGCGGCGGACAAGGAGGAAAAGGAGGAGCAAGAGGAUGCUGCGCGCCUUGGUGGCGGUGUCCCUGUGGCUGCGGGUGAGCCCGCGGGCGCAGGGCGCGCCGUGCGAGACGGUGCGCAUCCCCAUGUGCCACUCCAUGCCCUGGAAUAUCACCCGCAUGCCCAACCACCUCCACCACAGCACCCAGGAAAACGCCGUCCUCGCUAUCGAACAGUACGAGGAGCUGGUGGCCACCGGCUGCAGCCCGGUCCUGCCCUUCUUCCUCUGCGCCAUGUAUGCCCCCAUCUGCACUCUGGAGUUCCUCUACGACCCCAUCAAGCCGUGCCGCUCCGUCUGCCAGCGCGCCCGUGACGGCUGCGAGCCCAUCAUGCGCCGCUACAACCACAGCUGGCCCGAGAGCCUGGCUUGCGACGAUCUCCCCGUCUAUGACCGCGGCGUCUGCAUCUCCCCAGAGGCCAUCGUCACCGACGUGCCGGAGGAUGUGAAGUGGACGGACUUCACACAGGGCUUUAUGGUGCCGGGCAGAACCCUGGAGCCCGACUGCAGGAGCCGCGGCCAGGGUGAGCCUAGGACGACUCCCUGCCUCCACCUCCCCGGAGACUGGGUCCCUCUGACACCCCUCAAACUUUCUCCCUUCUCUUCCUUUGAAGAGCGAUGCAGGUGCAAAAAGACAAAGCCUACGCUGUCAACCUACUUGGCCAAGAACUACAGCUACAUCAUUCAUGCUAAAGUAAAAAGCAUAGAAAGAGGGAACUGCAAUGAGAUAACGACUGUAGUUGAAGUCAAAGACGUACUCAAGUCUUCAACACCAAUUCCUCUGUCCCAAGUGCCUCUUCUUACAAAUUCCUCCUGCCAGUGCCCACUUCUUCAAGCAAAGCAGGAUGUUCUCAUCAUGUGCUAUGAGUGGCACUCAAGGUUGAUGCUUCUUGAUGGAUGUCUAGUUGAAAAAUGGAAGGACCAACUAAACAGAAGAUUGAAGAGAUGGGAACAGCGACUGCAAGAACAAAAGAGGCGAACUGCCCGCAGUAAGAACCAGAAUUCAGGACGCAGUGCUCAGAGGGGAGCCCUGAAACCGCAAACCAAGAACACCAACCCACUGAUCAGUGGCCCCAAAAAGACCAUUAAAAUACGAAAUGGCCAGAAAGAAAUCAACCCCAAAAAAGUAUGAGUGUGAAAUUCCCGAAAGGAAGGUCUUUCCCUGCAUGACAAUGGUUGCAAUCUGGCAUGGUCAGCAUGUUUUAUUAAUCUGGAACUCAUUGACUUAAAAAAUCAUGUCAGUUUUUCUACGUAGAGGUUUUUGCUGCACUUUACAGUUACAAGGUCUACUUACCCUUUCAAGUCACUGCAAGCCAUGGAGCAUAGGUUUGCACUAAUAUGAGUCAGGCAUAUUCCAGCAAUUGAGCUUUAUCUUUGGGCUCUGAUUUCCCAUCUAGAUAGAACUAGGCUUGGCUGCCAGAGGUUUUGACUCCUUGUACCAGUUGCCUGGUCUGCUUCCCUGCCAGAUGUUGGAGAGCUACAUGGAGUUUCUCCUCAGCUGGUGUAGUAGUUGGUGAGUUAGUCUGUGAAUUAGCUGAGAGCUCGCUAGACUCGGCAGCUGAGGAGCAGCAGAAGGAUGGUAACCUCUGGCAGAUAUUUCAGGUAGCAAUGACUGCAGCUGCUGGAGCCAAACCUAUCUGCUAUUUGGAAGCACAGCCCUUGUUCAGAGUGUUCAAAAGAAUAGUUUACCAUUAAGCAUCUGGGUAUGCAUUAUGUGGUUAUUUUAAUGUGUGUGACGAAAAUAUGCUUACAGUGAUAGUAUUUGAUCUUGUGGGCUUGUGUAGUAAAAAUGCGUCCAAAGUAGACAUUCAGUUUUUUAUUGUACUUCAGGUUGGCUUCUGUUGUUCUAAUUUCAAACAUUAAACAUCUAAUUGAAAAAUCUGUAUUUUUUGAAAGAACAAAUUAAAGUGAAAAGAUUUGUAGGAUUCUUUAACACAUUUGCUGUAUUACAGCUUUGCUAUAAAAACUGGAAUAGAAGCUUUAUUCUAAAGAUAACUGGUAGCUACUGUACAGUAUUAAGGAGAAAAUAGGACUUCAAGUGGCUCAGUAAUCAUUCAAAUAACUUUUUAUCAUUUGAUACCAUAUUUCUAACCUUUCUCUGAGAUCAAAUAAAUUAAUUAAUUAAUAAAUAAGCUUUGUUCCUAUUAAUGAGCUUCUCAAAGCAACUGGCUAUCUGCAGUUUUUCUUAUCAGAAGGUAACAUUUACCCUGGAAAGGGUGACAGGAAAGCAGAUGUUAUUGUUUACACAGUGAGUUUACUUACUUAACAUUUUCUGUGUGAGAUAUUAGAGCUGCCGGGGUGAUACAAAUCUAAUCAACAUAACUCCAAGAUGGCAUUUAUACUAUUCCUUCCAAGGUGUACUUGGAUGAGGCAGCAUAGAUAACACAUUCUGAUUUCAGUUUCAUGUAACACACAAGAAGAUCACCCAUAUUAAGAUCAGAAGAGCUCAUGGUAGAUGCCUGAAAGAUCUUCUGAAUUUCCUACAGGAAGACUAAGGACUAGACUGGUCAAUUCUGGCAAAAUGAGGAUUUUUAUAAUAGAGAAGUUCUAUGUCAGAAAAAAAAAGGAGUUUUGUGUAGAUUAUCAUAAGGAGUAACAAUUUGUCGUGUCAGUAUUUUGAUCUUUGCCACAACAAGAAUUCCAAUGAAAUUUGCAUGUGUGAAAUUCACAAUAGAUUAUGCUGAAGGGAUUUUGGUUGCAGCAGUUUUAUACUUGGUAAUUUGCUCAAGCAAAUUUGAGACAUAGAUGCCGAGUUACUAUGUUUAAAACAAACAGAUGUGUCAGAAGAAAAUGGAAUCUUGUAGUUCAUUAUAUAAUUAGGUGGUGCAAAGAUUUGAUUAUAAUUCUUCCAAGACUAACAAAAGAUAACAUAAUUAUUCUUCUGAUUUUUGUUCCAGCAGAGAGAAACAGAGCCAUAGGACAUGUUUAUUUGUACCACAGAUCACAUAUUUCCUUGUUUAGGAACUUUAAUGAAACCAUAACCUGACCCCAAGACUGUAUUACAGAUCUGUUUCAGUUUAGAAUGAUAAACAAGAGGGUUAUAAACCUCAAAAUACUGUUUUUGAAGAAGUAUGUCUGAUUGUACUGCAUUUUUGUACUGAAUUACUACAUAAAAAAAUAAGGCAAGUGCUUUUUUUCCCUGCCAAGAAGAUGGAAUCAAUCAGCUUGUGGCUGCACUCUUUUUCCUUUGCUCUGACUACUGAAUGAACUACACUGGCAAGUCACACCUAGCAGAUAUCUGUUCAGUUUCUCCACAUUUCUUUGUGAGCAAAUGAUCAACUUUCUGGUUACCUUGCUCAGAGAAUACAUACUGAAGUUCUCUAAGUAUCUACAAACUAAAGUUUUUAUCCCACGGUAACCACAAGGGGCGUCUCUUGAUUACUCUGAUAAAACAUUAACCUUCUAUCUGGAUGUACACUGCUUGAUAUGUUUAAGGUACGUUUGGGGCUUGAUCUUAAUAUCCCUUCCUUGCUUUAUGCUCAUUUCCAUAGUGUUUUAUCUACAACCCUUUUGGCAGCAGCAGGAACCAAUCUAAUAUUAAUAGAUUAUCUGGAAACCCUCAGAUUUACUGCAUAUUCAACAGGCAAGUUUGAAAUUCUGUUUUACCUUCCAAAAAGGCUGUUUUUUAAUUUCAGAGAUGCUACAUGAAAUAUCGUGUUAGUAGUUGAAAUUCACUGCAAUUUUUUCAGAAAGUCUUGGCUAGCUCUAAUCAGAAGUAAUGCACUUUAUAGAAAGUAAUGACUUGAGGGUUAUUGGGGGGUGCAGGUAUUUAUAAAUGGAAACAUAAUUUUUUUGAAUGCUUGUUGACCCAUAUUGAUGGAUUAUAUUUACAAAAUUAAUUGUAGCUGAUGUAGUUUACCAGAAAAGUCUGGUUGAGGAAAUGUUUUCCGAUGUUCAUUUACAUUCAACUGCUAAGCACAGCUAAAAGGGAUGUGUUGGUUGUGCAUAAUUGGAGUAAAUAUUUUUUCAGGUUUCAUUCAUUUGGAAUCUAGGUUACAAUUCUGGAUAAAAUAAUUUAAGAGCUAUUUGAGUAUUUUGGACAGGAAAAUCUUCUUUUUAUUUGCUUAGGAAGUAUUUCUCUGUUGCAUGCACUGACUGGACGAAAGUUGCAACACUGAAGUGAAGUGACCAGGUCACUCAGGUCUUGUUGGAGAGGGGUUUUAUGAGUUUUUUAAAAACGUGUUUCAUAAAACAGUUCUGAAUUGCUUUUGCAGUGGGCGUUUAAAAUGGUGCAAAUCAUUCAAAAUUAGAGUGAAUAUUUUUUCAGGUUUCAUUCCUUCGAAACUGAGGCUAGGACAUUCAGUGAAAAUACUGAAUGAUACUUCUAACUAAACUGAGCACAUGUGUAUGGGUGGUAGUAAGAAACUCACUACAAGCAUACAUUUGGUGUUCCAGGCAAUUUUUAUUUUAUACUAAAAAAAUGCCAAGCCCGUCAGUAAGAAGGCAGCUGCAACACUGAGAAAAAAACCCAUUUAACACUUCAAGGAUUUGGCCUGUUGAUUUUUCAUCUUUAAGUAGUUGCAGUAAUUACAUUAAUCCACCAGCAAAUUGUUUGUUCCCCUUUGCUUAAUCAAAGUUUUAUGACUCCAGUGCUGGAGUGCACUAGCACGGCAAUGGCUACACCUGGGCAUGGAUAUGAGGGUGAGUCUGACAUUUUGCCGCAUGCCAGGGAGCAGAGGUGGAGAUUGGACCCUCUGGAGACAAAUGUGCCUGUUCAAACAGCCCUGAACUGCUCCAACACCUAUG